UCUCCCCCACCCCUCCCCCUCAGCCCCUCUCCUCAGCCCAGCCCAAAUUUCAGAGGGGGCAAAAGAAAAAGCAGAUCUCAGCCCUAACCCAGGCGCAGAGGAGGAGGAUCGCUCUCUGUUGCGCUUACUCUCUAGCCUAGCAGGAGAUUCGAGAAAAGAAAGCGCCAAGGGGGUUAGGGAGGAGCAGUGAGACCGCCGGGCAAAACUCUCUCUCUCUACUGCACCCUGUGAAGGCCCGUGCGUGCGUGUGUGUGUGUAUCUGUGCGCGCGUGUCUGCCUGUGUACGUCUCCGCUCCGGAUCAGGAUGUUGUUCCCUAAAGUUUGGUGGCUGCUGCUGCUGUUCUCGGAGCUGCUCCUACUGGUCCCGGCACAGAAGUUCUCUGCUCUCACGUUUUUGAGAGUAGAUCAAGAUAAAGAUAAAGAGUGUAGUCUGGACUGUGCAGGAUCCCCUCAGAAAUCACUGUGUGCUUCUGAUGGAAGAACCUUCUUAUCCCGGUGUGAAUUUCAACGGGCCAAAUGCAAGGAUCCUCAGCUGGAAAUUGCCUAUCGAGGAAAUUGCAAAGAUGUAUCAAGAUGUGUGGCAGAAAGGAAGUAUACCCAGGAACAAGCACGGAAGGAAUUUCAACAAGUUUUCAUUCCAGAAUGCAAUGAUGAUGGCACAUACAGCCAGGUACAAUGUCACAGUUACACGGGAUAUUGUUGGUGUGUUACCCCCAAUGGACGGCCAAUCAGUGGCACUGCAGUAGCCCACAAAACGCCCCGGUGCCCAGGUUCUAUUACUGAAAAGUUGCCUCAACGAGAAGGCACAGGAAAAACAGAUGAUGCCUCAGCUCCUGCGUUGGAGACUCAGCCUCAAGGUGAUGAAGAGGAUAUUGCUUCUCGUUAUCCCACAUUGUGGACUGAACAAGUCAAGAGCCGACAGAAUAAAACCAAUAAGAAUUCAGCAUCGUCGUGUGAUCAAGAACAUCAGUCUGCAUUAGAAGAAGCCAAACAGCCUAAGAAUGACAAUGUAGUUAUUCCUGAGUGUGCUCAUGGUGGUCUCUACAAACCUGUGCAGUGUCAUCCUUCCACAGGAUAUUGUUGGUGUGUCCUAGUAGACACAGGGCGUCCCAUUCCUGGUACAUCCACAAGGUAUGAACAGCCGAAAUGUGAUAACACAGCCAGGGCUCACCCAACCAAAACAAAGGAUUUGUACAAGGGCCGCCAGCUCCAAGGUUGUCCUGGGGCCAAGAAGAAUGAAUUCCUGACCAGCAUUCUGGAUGCCUUGUCCACUGAUAUGGUACAUGCUGUUUCUGACCCCUCCUCCUCAUCUAGCAGACUCUCAGAACCUGAUCCCAGUCACACUCUAGAAGAGAGAGUGGUCCACUGGUAUUUCAAGCUACUUGAUAAGAACUCCAGUGGUGACAUUGGCAAGAAGGAAAUCAAGCCCUUUAAGAGAUUCCUUCGAAAAAAAUCCAAACCCAAGAAGUGUGUGAAGAAAUUUGUUGAGUAUUGUGAUGUGAAUAACGACAAAUCCAUCUCUGUCCAAGAGCUAAUGGGCUGCCUCGGUGUUACAAAAGAAGAAGGUAAAGCAAACACAAAGAAACGUCAUACUCCUAAAGCCAACUCUGAAAGCACUUCCAACAGGCAGACAAAGAAGCAAGGAUGAAUGGCUAUCAUAGCAAGGCAGAUCUUCGACAUGUGGGAGAUUCCCUCACCAAAAGGCAAUUAAAAAAAAAAAAACAAACAACCAUAGUAUUUGCACUUUGUACUUUAAAUGUAAAUUCACUUUGUAGAAAUGAGAUAUUUAAGCAGACUUUUAAUCUGUGAAAAUGGAAUGGCUUGUUUCAAAAAAAUUAAUCACAUACAAUGUAUGUGUCUUCUUUUGACCUUUGAAAUCUGUACUUGGUGGAGAUGUAUUAAGUUUGCAUUUGAACUUUUUUUUUAUUUUAAAGCAUUUUUCUGCAAACAUUAAUGUAGUAGAUGCCAUCUUAUUAUAGUAGGUUAUUUUAUUCUAAUACCAUGCCUCUUUUCCUAACCAGUGCAGUCAUUUAACAUAGUUAUGCUGACAAUUUGCUUUAUUUGAAAUCUACUGUACUCAUAAUAUUCUUGCAUCAGUGUUGGAACCUUUAGGUUUCCAAAGAAAGUUUGUAAAAUACUGCUGGCUCAGCUUUGCAGUUACUGAGUGGAUUUGUAGCAUAGGGAAGGGUUUGUGUUUUGUUUUGCUUUUCAGAAAUCAUGCUCAUGCAGUGAGCUAUGCAACCACUACAGGAUUCAAACAACUACAUUUAGUGCUCUUGUAGGAAAAUAGAUUUUUCUAAACAUUUGCUAUGCACCUUCCAUUGUAAUCUUUUGCUUAAGUUUUGCCUUUGGCUCCAAUUAGUCAUGCAGCAAACUGAGAAAGAAAGAGAGAGAGUGAGGUGAAUUGGAGUGUCAUUCAGAGUUGGUCCUGCCAAACCCUAGAGCAUGUUCCUACUGCUGUCAGGACAAGGCAGUAAAGAGGUAGAUUUAUUCAGGAUAGUAAAUCUAAUUAUGGAGAGACAAGGCAGGCUAAACAUGCUUGUCUGUCUUGCUUUUCCCUUACACCUGGCAGAACCCUCUCCUUCCUGAGGCUGCCCUCAGGUCCACGGGAAGGUAAAGCUAUCACCUGAAUAAAUGAUGAACAGUUGCCUUUAUGAGACAUGGCCUGCCAGUGUCAGCUGUGCUAUAGCCAUUGGCCUUGGAAGCCAAGGAAUUCUGGUAGGCUUUCAUACCACUCCUCUCAUUCUUCUGGGAAUGCCUUAAGGGAGGAAGAAUUUGCAGGUGAGCUAAGAAUUCUGUCUGAUGGGACCCUGAGAGAAAAGAUUCAGGAGCUGAAUACCUACGUGGUAUAAGCAGCAGAAAUGUUGAGCAUCUCCAAACCUGGCAUCUGGAGGAGGAAACUUUAUUGUAAACAAAAAAGGUGGACUUGCUUAGUUAAGACAUUUGGAGCAUGCCAGGCAACUAGUGAAUAACAGUUAGUUGUGAUACUGUCUAGGCUUGGACUUCUGGUUGGGGAAAAAUAUCUUUAUGGCAAAUCAAACACUCAUGGGAAAGGACAUGUAUGAAUAUAUUUAAAAUGUGCAAAAAUUAGAAUUGUAAACAUUGGAGCAACAAUAAAAAGUACAAAUGUGUUUCAUCUUUGUUUAAAGAAAGGGUUUGAUCUGAAAUUUAUUUGGUAAUCUUU